AUGGCCCGUUCUGCUCACAAAAGGUCCCGCCAUGGAUGCAGGCAAUGUAAGGUGCGUCACGUCAAGUGCGAUGAACAAGGCCCUUGUUCGAAUUGCGUUCGACACGGAGUAGACUGCAGCUUGAAGCAGACACGCCAGUUCUGUGAAAUUCGCCCACGCGAGCCUAUGCUUACGCCUACACCUAUCCCUGAAAGAUCCAAUGCGACAAGUUCAACUCCGCCGCAGUAUAACUCCGAUACUCCUACAAGCCAAAACUCUGGAUGGCAACAGCCUACAAAUGUCACGCUCACUCAACAACCUGAAAGCAACCCGUUAGACCCAGUUCCCUUGCCUAGACAACCCAGACGCCAGUUGCUUCCACAAAACAUUGCAUUGGGAGGGAGUAGUCGCAUCCAAGAAGGAUCGGAUGAGAUUCAGCUUCGAACUCCGUUUCUCUUCCAUCACUACUGCUCGUCUGUUUACCAGACACUUGCUAAAUGUCAAGUAUGGCAGAAAGUCGUGCCCCAGCUGGCUUUAGAACAUGUAAGAGGCUUAACACUCAACAACAAACAACCCCAAAUCUCUGCUAACGUAAGACCACAGGACUUUUGCAUGAAUUCGUUACUUGCCAUCUCCGCCGCUCAUUUGGCAUACCUUAACGAAGAAGCCGCACCAAAGAGACAUUUUAAUUCUCUUGCACUCCGCUACCAAUCACAAGCGGUUACGUCGUUCUCCACCACGCUAGACGACGUCUCCGAGGAGAACAGCGGUGCCUAUCUUGCGACUGCCACUAUGGUCUUCUUGGUCAAUACAUUCUGGACGGCAAACCCUUUUUCAACAGGAGAACAGGACAUCACCCUCCACAGCCUUGUACAUGUGUUUAAAUUGCUCGAAGGCGUCAGAAUCAUCCUCAGUUUGCCUUCAAUUGGCCAAGCUGCCAAAGAAGGGCCACUAGCGGCAAUAUACGAAGAUCCCCAGAUGGCGACAAAUCUGGAAGGGGAAUUCAUGGAGGAAGUCAAAGACCUAACAGUCUUCAUCAAUGAUGUGUCCAGCAACAUCGGUUUUCCAGAAAACCUGCCCAUCUAUUCCUCAGCUAUAGAUGCUCUCACGCUUACAUACUCAUUUCUUCUGGCUAAUAGCGACCGGCCUGACCGUAUAUGGACUUGGCCAUGGGCGGUGCCACAGGAAUUCCUGUCUCUAAUCGAGGCGGCCGAUCCGAUUGCUCUUCUCAUACUCGCCUAUUAUACAACAUUGGUACACAGCUGUGAGGAUAGACUCUGGUAUAUCGAAGGUUGGAGCGAUAGGGUUUUGCAAUUAGUCUUUCGGACUUUGGAUGAAUCAUGGAAAGGCAAGCUAGAGUGGCCAGCCAGGUGUUUGCGCCAAAGGGUAAAUAUUCUGAGAGGGGAUCAAAUAUGA